AUGCUGGCGCUGCUGUCCCGGCUGCUGGACUGGUUCCGCUCGCUCUUCUGGAAGGAGGAGAUGGAGCUCACCCUGGUGGGGCUGCAGUACUCGGGCAAGACCACCUUCGUCAACGUCAUCGCGUCAGGUCAAUUCAGUGAAGAUAUGAUUCCUACAGUGGGCUUCAACAUGAGGAAAGUUACUAAGGGUAAUGUGACGAUAAAGAUCUGGGAUAUAGGAGGGCAGCCACGAUUCCGAAGCAUGUGGGAGCGAUAUUGCAGAGGCGUUAAUGCUAUUGUAUAUAUGGUAGAUGCUGCCGAUCGUGAAAAGAUAGAAGCCUCUCGAAAUGAACUGCAUAACCUUCUAGACAAACCACAGUUACAAGGAAUCCCUGUUCUAGUACUUGGAAACAAGAGAGACCUUACUAAUGCUCUGGAUGAGAAGCAGCUAAUUGAAAAGAUGAAUCUGGCUGCUAUUCAGGACAGAGAAAUUUGCUGCUAUUCAAUUUCUUGCAAAGAAAAGGAUAAUAUAGAUAUCACGCUUCAGUGGCUUAUUCAGCAUUCAAAAUCUAGAAGAAGCUGA